CUGCUCACGCCACCAUCGCAGAGAAAGCGCGCAUAUAACGCCAUGUCGUCGGCCCUCAGCCGUGCCGUCAUCGGCUCGGUACGCGCGGUGCCUCGCCAUGCUGCGACGGCGACAGCAACGCACUCUCCUUCCUUGACACUGAGGGCCGUUCGACCACGCACGAUGGCCGCCAACGACCUGCUGCUGCUGACAACACGCACUAUGCACGCCCGCGCAAUCAGCUCGUCCAACUUUACCGCUGUCCCAAAGGCCUUCUUCCGUGCCUUUCGCGUCCCCGCCUAUGCGCUGACGGCUGGCGGUGGCGCCUUCGCCUAUGCAAGCUACAAGGUCGAUGAGUUUAGGGGCUUCAUGGGCGACAAGCUCGCCGUCGUGGGUCAGAACGCUUCCGAGGCAUUCGACUCGCUCGCGACGGCCUCGGGACAAGCUUGGGCGCAAGCCCAGUCGGGGUGGAGCAGAUUCAGCGAGUCGGCCUCGGACUUUUACAAGGAUGUUGAGGGCCGCGUCGCGAGCGCAACGAGUGGAAGUGGGAGCAAGGGAGGCGGCAACGGUGGCAGCAGCAGCAGCAGCGGCACCGAGGACGGAGCGCGGGGAGGCGGAGGCCCCGGCGGAGAGGGCCCAGGCGUAGGAGCCGCGGCGAUUGCUGCCUCAAUUCUGGGCCAGGACGAAGAGAAGCAGCAGGGCUUCACGCCAGGCUCGUCGAGCGAGGAGCUAAUGAUGCUCACCCGCAAGCUCAUCGAGGUUCGCAACAUCCUCAAGUCGAUCGAGCACGACUCCGACGAUCUGACGCUCCCCAGUCUCGUCGUCAUUGGGUCGCAGUCGAGCGGCAAGUCAUCGGUGCUGGAGGCCAUCGUCGGGCACGAGUUCCUCCCCAAGGGCAACAACAUGGUCACUCGGCGCCCGAUCGAGCUCACCCUGAUCCACACGACGCCAACGGCCGGUGCGUCGUCGAAGCAGAUCGAAUACGCAGAGUUCCCAGGUCUGGGUAUUGGGCGCAUGACCGACUUCAGCCAGGUGCAGAAGACGCUCUACGACCUCAACAUGGCCGUGCCGCCAGAGGAGUGCGUCUCGGACUCGCCCAUCGAGCUCAAGAUUCACAGCCCUCACGUCCCCGACCUCACCAUGAUCGACUUGCCCGGCUACGUGCAACUGGCGAGCAUGGACCAGCCCGAGGAGCUCCGGGAGAAGAUUUCGUCGCUGUGUGAAAAGUACAUUCAGGAGCCCAAUGUCAUCCUGGCCGUGUGCGCCGCCGAUGUAGACCUGGCCAACUCGCCCGCGCUGAGGGCCAGCCGCAAGGUCGACCCGCUCGGCCUGCGCACCAUUGGUGUCAUUACAAAGAUGGACCUCGUCGAGCCUUCGGUCGGCGCUGCGAUGCUGACCAACAACAAGUACCCCCUGGCGCUGGGCUAUGUGGGUGUUGUGUGCAAGAACAAGCACAAGCCUGGCUUCUUCCAGAGCAGCGCAGGUCACGAGGGCGUCGAUGGCGUCAGGGAGGGCAAUGUCACGGUGGCCGCCUUGCGCGACGAGGCAGACUACUUUGCCAGCAACCGGGAGCACUUCCGUGCGCCGACACGGGGCAGGAAUGCCGGCGUGGAGCCCAUGACAGGCACCGACACACUUCGGCGACGGCUGAUGAGCGUGCUCGAAGAGAACAUGGGUUCGAGCCUGCACACCAUCUCGAACGCCGUGCAGCGCGAGCUCGAGGAAGCCAGCUACCAGUUCAAGGUGCAGUACAACGACCGAGCCAUCAGCCCAGAGUCGUACGUGGCCGAGACGAUGGAUGCGCUCAAGAUGCGCUUCAACGAGUUUGCCUCGCACUUUGGAAAGCCCGAAGUGAGGCAGCUUCUGAAGCAUGCCCUCGAUGAAAAGGUGCUCGACAUCUUGGCGCAGAUGUACUGGACUGAACCCAAGCCCAAGCGUGAUGAGCUGGCAAGGUUGACCGACGACAAGAAACUGACGGCCGAGGAGCUGGACAAGUACUGGCAGCACAAGGUCGAGGCCUCGAGCAGUGCACUGACCAAGAGCGGCAUCGGACGGCAGUCGACGCAGAUUGUCGUCGAUGCAAUCCGGAGACAGGUCGAGGCGCUCGCCGAAGCUGAGCCAUUCAACCACCAUCCCGACGCUGCCGUCAGGAUUGCCGGCUUCAGCGCCGCGAUCCUGAGGGACCGCUUCGGACUCACAGCGGAUCAGGUCGAGAACUGCGUCAAGCCAUUCAAGUACGAAGUUGAAGUCGAGGGUCCCGAGUGGGAGGCGGGAAGGCAGAGAAGCGUGGUGCUCGUUCAGAGGGAGCUCGACAUGUGCAACGAGGCCCUUGCCAGGAUCAAGAAGGCCGUCGGAGGGAGGAGGCUGAGAGCCGCCGUUGACUACGUCGAAGAGCUGGACCGGCGGAGAGCCGCGGCAAAGGAGCAGGCGAGGCAGCGCCUUGCCGCCCACGCAGCCUCGACCGGCGAGGCCAUUGUCCCUGCCAACGCCUCGUCUCAAGAUGAUGAGGAUCCGCUCCGGCCCGAAUACAACUCAGCAAUGAUCCAAAAGGCCCGUGAAGCCAUGUCCCUCUCGGAACGCUCGUCUGUGCUGUCCUGGCGCAUCAAUGCGCUCAAAUCUCGGAGGUGCCAGUCGGGGCCCGAGCAAAAGGCAUUUUGCCCCGAGGCAUUCCUCAACGUCGUCAGCGAGAAGCUGACGUACACGGCCGUGAUGUUCAUCAACAUCGAGCUCCUGGCCGAGUUCUUCUAUGCUUUCCCGCGCGAGAUUGACCGUGAGCUUGUCUAUGACCUCGACAAGGCCAUCUUUGCGCGAGAGAACCCCGCCGUGAGGCGCCACUUGGAGCUGCAGGAGCGCAAGGAGAAGCUCGAGGCCGUCAUGGAGCGUCUGGAUGCACUCAGCAACGUCUAUGCGGAUCGGGGCGGCGGCAGUGGGGCCGACAAGGGCGGCAAGAAGAAGGGGUGGAAUUUGUUCUAGCUCUUUGCUUUCUCCUUUUUCUCCCUUAUUCAUCGACACCUCUCAGCAACGCUCUUACGUCUAUUCCUUUCUUUGAUACCACUCGUCUUGUUUCGCUCACCACUCUUGUUCACCGUCUUUCCUGGUUGUAUGUACCGUAGUGAUGAAAUUGACGGAAUGUGCGAGCUCCUUCCUUUGUGGGUCGCUCGACCACCAGCCCGGGCAAUGCGACCUAUCUA